GUUCUAGCAGCGCCCCAUCUCGCUCUGGUGCGUUCCGUGUGCACCUCAAUUGCACCCUUCGGGACAAUCGCUUCCUGAAACAGCAGCUCGGGUUUUGAGCGGCGACAGUGCGCGAUGAAGCAGCAAAGGAUAGAGGGAAAACCGUUGAACGAAGCGAGAUAGGUAAGAGCGCUGAAGUACGAGCCGCAAACGAGGGUUCCAACGCUUAGGGUCGACCAGGCAGAAACUUGAGGUGUGUGUGCAGGACCUCUCAAAUCGAAUCGUAACUGUCCGACGCGAAGGACGUAUUUCAGUGUCCCGGGAGCUACGCAACGUGCUCGGUGAAAUUUUCACGUGUGCUUCGUGAGGACUGCUCGAUUGCAUUGCACGAAAGGUGCAGAGCGUGCUGCGAACAGAGUUACUGGAAACGGAUCAAUGUUCGAGAAAAGACACAACGUGCUUUAGUGCUGCUGUGUUUUGGUGCAAACCAAAUGAAUUGUGGUCAACUAGUCGACUGGGGAGAGUGUUACCCUUGGAAGGGUUAAUGUGCGUGAACCGCUGUUAAUCGUGUGGAGUGUGGAUUUAAAAAGCAAUUGGAACACUGAAAUGGAGACUAUCUGCACUGUGUACAAUCAAAAAUGUCUGGAACGUAAUUUUCCACUGCUGUGCGAAUCGAGCAGAGCGGUAUAGUGAACUGUAGCGACUGCAUCUUAGAACACGUACAAGAACAAUAUCGGCCGUUGGAUCUGCCCGGACAACGGGAGAAGGAUCAAGACAUCAGUUCGACAGUAUCACCCGGUUUUUAUUGCAGACCAGAAUGUUAAAGUGGACGGUUACAAAGCGCGCGGAAGCCAGCGCAAAAAAUGUGCUUCCCCAGAGCAAAGCGUUGCUACAGCAGCGACAUCAUGCGAGACGUUCGCUAGGAGUGCUAGACGAGCGUUUGGCCGCCGUCACUACGGAAGGCAGCGUGAGCGGUGGACCGAGGAAUAAGAAAGUGCGUCGAUCACUCGGCGGGUCGGCACACGAAAUUUGUGCCAACUAUGACAAAGAAAAUCAGUGCAUCACUUCGACGCCACAUCCGGCCAUUGGACGCACCGUGGGAUCACCGUACUCCAUGGCAUUGCGGGAUGUUAGCAACAUUACUCCGAACACAACGCCCUGCCGCCCAUCGAACACCACGCCACAGAGUCGCAAACGAACGUUGGCCGCUUCGCCAGUGUCGCCCGGUGGACUCAAGCGAAAAGAGCACGUGGAGAGUGUGCGUGAAACGUACGCCACCACGCUGCCCACGUUCGACAUCGAGUAUUCGCCGUGUGGCGUGAAGGAUGUGCCGUUUCUGGCACUGCGCGGCCUGGGGCUGACCGAAUUCGACAAUCCCGGUCGAUACUUUCCGGCAGACGAACAGGGACCGUCCGCGAAGCGAAUGAAAACCUUUAUCAAACCAUUGGUCCUUGCCAACGACCUUCCCCUGCCACCGAAGGAGGACAAGUUGAAUCCAUGUUUGACUCCGCUAUCGUCGCGGUUGUCCGAACUACGCUUUAAUAAGCUCAAUUUCAAGCGACCGCUUUCGGUGGGCAAAACGAUUACCAGUUUGUCACAGCCAGCGCCGCCUCCUCUACCUCCAACGUCGACGGAAAACAUGGAGGAUUCCGAACUGUCCCUCAACUCCUCCGAAAUGGGCGAUCUAACGCUAGACAAGAUGAUUGACGCGAUACUGGAGAGCGCCAAGAAGGACAGCAGAUGGGCAACGCCCCGCCCGAAACGAUCGUUAAGCGUCAAGUCAAAGCAAUCGAAAGGAUCAUCACCCACCUACACACCCGCUGACGAUCCGGCGGCUGAUUUGUAUCUCGAGCCACGGUGUCCUCCCCGGAUGUUACGGCAGGACGGAGAAACGACGAUCAUACUCGAAGAAACUGCUAGCCACAUCAACGAGCGGGAGGUGAAAACUCCGGACACCAAGCAGGAACAGCACCGUGCGGUUUCUGUAACCGCAGCAAAGGUAGACUUCUUUCGCCAAUCGCUUAUCAAAUCGGUGGCGGCCAGUCCGCUAGAGGCGGCGUGUCACCUGCGGCGCCAGAAGGCGGUUCGAAGAAAGCACAAGCUCGAAACUGGUGGCAAUAGUGCGAAAGUGGGUUCGCAGCAGAACGAAGCCACACUCGACGACUGUCCGACGGCAAGUCCCGAAACGCCGCACAUGCUCUGCAAUCAAUCGAAACUCAGCCAGAUGAAUGCGAUGCAAACUCCGAUACGCGACACCGAGCUGAUAAGGUACGAACCAGAGCAUCCGCAUUCCCAUCAGAUCCGGUCAGCAAACGCAACGCCCGACAUACGCUCCAUCGAUCUGCAGGGCACUUCAACUCCGACCGGAGGAUCGAUCGAGAAGAGUCGCAAGUGUUUAACCUUUUCCCCUACACCGAGCGAGGAUUCGAUCGAAAAGCGGCGCUCGGUAGCUUCGUCCUCGAAUUCGCGAUGCUUCAGGACGAGCACGUUGACCGGCUCUGCGAUGGGGACGGGUGCGCUGCGAGGCACACUGGAGCUUAGCAUCCAGCUCGAGCAGGACCGACGUCUGCACGUACACGUUAUCCGUUGUAAGGACCUGCAACGCAACACUUCCACCAGCAGUACGGCCGGUAGCAAUGCUAUCAAUGCGUACGUCAAGGUGGCUCUGAUCAGUCCAGGAGGCUCUCAAACUUCUCAAACGGAUUUAGGCUUUCAACGGACCACUGUGCACCGGAACUCGAGCAAUCCGUGCUACGAUCAGCGCUUUCAGUUCGAAACUCACCCAAACGACGAGCGCCGUGUACAGCUAGCCGUGUGGCAUCGCGACCGGGAAUACAAACGUAGCGAAUUUCUAGGAUGUAUGUCAUUCCCAAUAAAACAUGUUAAUAUACAGGGCAUUAAUGGAACGUACCGUCUGCAGCCGCAAUCCUGUCUGACGAAUCCUACUACACCGAUACAAGAAACAAUGUGUGAAAAUUCGCAGUCGAGCAUGGAAGAACUAAUGAACGCCGAAGACAGCGGUAGCGCAAAGGCGACCAGCACAGUUACCUCCACCACUGCGUCCCUGGCCGCUGGAACUAACGUGGGCACCACCGGCCACGCUCCCGCUGAACCAAUUAGCCUCAGCAAGAAGGCAAUUCACCAGCGAGACGCAGAUGAGAAUCUGUUUCUACGCUUUCUGGAGCUCGACCCGUCCCCGGACGCAUCGGUAGCGACUAGCGGGCCCGGAACCGUAGGUCAAACGACUCCUGCCACGCCGCGCCGUAGCUCGGUCAGUGCCCCCAAACCAAUAACGGGCCCAACUUCCGCCGGCCGCACACCGUUCACCAUCACAAAGCGCUUGGCGCGCACUGGUGAUCGGGGGUUCGGCUUUUCUAUCGUAUGGACUCAUCCUCCCCGGGUGGAAAAGGUGGAAUCGGGUCUGUCGGCGGAUCGGGCGGGAAUUUUGCCCGGCGAUUAUGUGGUGUUCGUCGACAAGCACAACGUGGUGACGAUGCCAGAGCAGGACGUGCUCAACCUGAUCCGGACCCAGGGCAACACGCUGCUGUUGGAGAUUUUCCGGCGUCCUCAGUCGACGCAGGGGAGCCUGCAGAUUCAGAGCCGUACGAAUGGUUUGCGCAAUAUGGUAUCUGGACUGGCGCCCGCAUUGAACCUGGCCGGAAUCGGAAACAGCACGGGGAACAUCAACAACGCAGCCUCACUCAACGUGUCGGCCGGCGGUGCUCUGGCACAGCCAGAGGAAGCGGAGCAGUUCGCAAGGACGUCGCCAUCUCCAUACGGUGUGGCACGAUCAUCCACAGCGUGUUCGAAUAUUUCGAUUGAAACGGCUAAACGAAAGCUCCAUCUGCCGCAGGUCACUUUUAGCAAAGAGUCAAUUGUCCAACAGUUUCCUGACGAUCAUCGUCGCAAGUUCCUCUAUCAGCUGAUAAGUCGUGAGCAGCAUUUUAUUAAUGCCAUCAACUUUGGCAUCGAGCGAUUUGUCAAUCCACUACGCGAACGAAAAGACUUAAUCUCACCGAACGAUCACAAAGUCUUGUUCCAAAAUAUCGAUGAGCUUUCUCGCAUCUCGGAAGAUAUUCUGGAGCAGGUAAUACAGGACGAGACCGAACCACAAAUCCACUUCGCUUCCCGCGUUUAUUUAUCCAAAAGUACAGCACUUUGUGCCGCCUACAGGAAGUAUUGCAAUGGACUGAAGAAAGCCGAUUGUGUUUUGGUCAACAAGUCAAGAAAUUCGAACUGUGAUUUUAUGAAAUUCAUUACGGAGCCACCGGUACCAAGGAAACGUCCAGAUCUAACUACAUUCAUACAUCGACCGCUUCAGCAUUUUAGGGAAAUUUUAAAAUUAGUGCAAAUGAUCGCGUCCCAUUGUCGUGUAGAUAGUGAAGAACAUAACAAUUUCCACAGCAUCAUUAGCGAACUGCAGGCCGCGUACCGAGAGAUAACCGUUGGCGGAGGUCUUAUGGAACCGAUCGGAGAGGGACGUCCGCUGCUAACGCUCCAGGACCUGGAGGCACGAAUGGUGUUCACGAAAUGUAAACCGUUCCAGUUGGCGUCCCAUGGACGACAGUGGAUUUUCGGCGGAGAUUUGUCGCGCGUUGAGGGACGCUCCAUAAAACCGUACUGGACACUGCUGUUUAGCGACAUCCUGCUGUUUGCGAAAGUGAGCCGCGACCGGGUGCUCUUCAUCACAGAGGAACCGAUAGCCCUGUCGACGAUAACCGAUUCCUGUUUUAAUAUUCGCAAAAAAGGUACCGAAUUCCGAAUAACGAUUGAUCCGAACGGUAGACAGAUCGAGAGUCCCACGGUGCAUUGUGCACCGGAUCUUACCCGAACACCGAAGAAAAAUUCCAAAAAACGCUACAUCGUCCUACGAGCACCGUCGACAGAAUUGAAAGCAGUUUGGCAGAAUUUGUUGACCCGGCAAAUCUUUCUCGUAAAUGCAACGCUCGGCUCAACACCGAUGAGCAGUCCUCUCGAUUCGCCAGACAUAUUGCAAUCGUUUGUGCCGAUCAGCGACAUCGGUGCGACGGCCACAUCCGCGUCUUCGGUGAAGGUGCCAUCGUUGGACGGGAUUCACCUUAAAAACCAACAGUCAAGACUGAGCAGAGUUCCGAAGCAAGUCGAAGAGCUUAUCGAUGAAAAGUGCCGAAAGCUCAAUAAGACCGGGGUGCCGCAGGGCAGUGCUCUACAUUUGGCGCAGUGGAUGAAAGGGCAGCUGAAUAAACAGAUCAUCGAAUCCGAUCCCAUAGAUUCCGAACCCGAGCAGUUGGUAGAAGAGUGGUCGGUGGAGCAAGUGACUAACCGAUCGAAAGAACUAAACCUGGUCGAUUCUGACGGCAGCCCGUACAGAUCCGCCUCCCAGUGCAAUGGCACCGGUGGCGGGAUGGGUACGGUUACGAAAGCCAGCGGUUCCGGCACCGUCAGCCAACCGCCAGCUGACGACAAUUCCGCGUUUGAGGAUGAUGACGAUAAUAAGAGCGUUUCUAAGAGCACGACAUCCGACAGUCAGAUAACAGUGAGAUCCAGCCCGUUAAGCAACAAGCUGGACACGAUAUCCAUGUGCCGCCAGUGUUUGAAAAAUUGUAAAAGUCGCCACAACUCACCGAGCAGCAACUCGUUAACCGUACAGCACAGCCACAGUACUCCUUCGAACCGGUGCUGUGUGUCAAACUCCACCACCGGCAGCAGUCUCAACAAAAGCCCAAACUCAGUGUCAAGCGUGUCCUCGUCUAGUACGCUGACCAUGCGCGGAAGAGCGUGCGUGGCGCAGGAAGUGGACGGUUCGGGCCAAGGUACGGUAGUUGAAGGUCAAACAGGCUGUACCCGCCAGACGAUGAGUGUUGACGAGCAGCGGAAGCAGGCAGGAGACAACGUGCGCCAUCUUCAGCUGUCGGUGAACGGCAACUAUAAAACAAUGUGCCAAACACCAUGCCAUUGCAAGUGCACGCCAAAGGAUUUCGAGAAAAGUACACUCAGUCCCGAUGAGCUACUGCACGAGCGGGUUAAAAUAUUGGACAAUGUUUGUGAAACGAGCGCCACGAACGUAAUGAUCCAGCAGCAGGAAAGGAAGGACAGUAGCAAGAUGAACGGUUACCCGGCCAACGGCAAGCCUGCCCAGAGCGCUGCACAUCGCGUGGAAAGCAAAGCAGAGUUUAAUAAUAACAACAUGGAUGAUGACUCCGAGUGGUCGCUGAUGGGUUUGAUUGGUCUGGCUCAAAUCAACCCGGCCGAAUCCUUGGUGCAUUUGGAUCCGUUCGAAGCGUUGCCAACAAUCGCAGUAGUACCACCGACACCGGACGCCUUGGGCAAUGCGGCGUACACACGGCAAUCGGUGCCACCCGCGCCGUGGGCAACCAUCGAAAGAAGCCAGCUGCAGCUGUCCCCAAGCAAGCUGAGCACGGCGCACGAGGGAACCAUCAGCGAUGAAUAUUCACCAGACAAUUCACCGGAAGACGAAAUAGGCGAACCGCCGUACCGUGCGCUAAACCCUGGCUUGAAGCGGUACGGAACUAUAUCGAGCCUGGAACGGGUGCCCUCGGAAGAUACCGACGACAACAAGACGUAUUCUUCGGAGGAAGAUUCGGAAAGUGACAUCAAAAUUGUGACCAAAGAAGUAUACGUCAAUAAUACGCAAACGUUUCUGAACUGGACGACGCGCGCGGGCAACUUUAUCGAGGAGUCACGCGCCUUCAUUGACCGGUACCUGGGACGGCGUGACAACAGCACGGAGGAAGCAGAAGCGAACGGUGAGGAUUGGGACACGGGUCGGGAGAAGCGGACCGGCGAACAGCAUGCGGCCGGCAGCGGUGGUGACGAGGAGGAAACAGUCGAGGGCGAAACGUCGGCCACUUCCGGUGAGGAGGUUUGGGGCACACCCACUAGUGGCGGGGAAAAUGACGAUAUGCAGAUAUUUGGGAGCAUUGAGCAAACGCACUCGUCUCCUACCAAGUCGUCCUCAUCGUACACGGGCGACGAUGACACCGAGCUGAUGAUGGACGAGCUACUGAUGGCGCCACCGAUGACAGCCAGCGCUGUCCGUGGACUUCUCCCAAGAAGAAAGCUCGAGCCACUGUUCGAAGAGGACAGUGAGAGCGCCGAAUCAGACGAUGACGACAGUAAGCCACUCAGCGGCCGAGAUCAACAGGGGCAAGCUUCGGAAAAAAAUCGUCCGGUUUAUGCGGAUUUAAACGAUUCCACCGGUACCGAUUCGGUAAGUACGACGCCGUCAUCGACACCGCUGGCCGAGAGGAGCGAGACGAUCAAGACUACCACGCCCGACGAAAGCUAUGGGAGUGUUGCUGACAGAUGUUAUGCAUCUGUGCCGCUCCCGAGCACCGGGACACCCUGUGCAAGCGAUACCGGACGUUUCGCCGGCAGGGCAAAUGUACCGAUCGGGCUCAGCCCAAGGCUCGAGAUGCGCUUGGCGUUGAACCACGACAUACUCGGCGACGAAGAUCUGCUCACCUACAGUCCUGGGCCGGACCUGACCGCAAUUCUCGGGCGCGACCUCUCCACAUACCAUCGGAUGAGUGGGAAGGACAUUAUCAUGAAUCGUAUCGUGACGCGCGUGAGCAGCUACAUGAACAUUCAGACGGCGGGGACGUCGACCCCGGCGGCGGCGGUGCCAACGACAGCGACGGCGGCGGCGGCGGCGCCGGCACCCAGCCAAACGAGAGCGGAGGAACCCCACGGCUCCACGGCCAGCCAGGCUAUGAAAAACGGAACGAGCUCAUCAUAUCAGCAAAACAAUUCAAAGAUGGAUACUCCUAUACUUCAUCGUCGAAAAGCUACCGUCCCAGCAGCUACCUGGAGCAGUUUUGGGUUUGCGGAUCGCGAAGAAAGGACUCUGUCGGACCUGGAGCGUUUGGCGAGGCGGGAGAAGGUUUACUGUAUGACGCAGCUCAACCACAACGGUUCUCAGCUGAAACGAGUAGCUAGCUUCAACACAACCACGAAACACACCAGUAAGCUAUUCAACUUUUUGUAUCGGCGCAACUCGGAAAACCAGCUGGCGGGUCUUUUCGCCUCGAAGGAAGUGAGCUCAGCGGAAGAAGGUUCCACGUGCCAUUCUGACCCGAGUCGUUUGAAUUCUCCCCGCAAGGAAACGGUAAAGUCGCUUGAUCGAAGGUUUUGGAAGCAGCUGAGCAAAAGGCGACGUGCCAGUUACCACGAGGAGCUCACCACCGGUGCAUCAUAAGCUACGUUGGCGUUAGAGUUUGCGUUGGCCGCUCCCCUUUCUAUCUUUGGCAUAUUUUUGCAGUGCAAAGAUCCACCACUGACCAGUACACUACUCACAGAUCGAUUGAGCCGCUUCUGCAGCUGCAGAGUGACCAUAGACACAAGGUGUUUGUCCAAGUUAAUGUUUAAUUUGUGUUUAGUUUCAAAAUUAAGUGUUCAUCAUUGAAUCCAUGCAGUAUAUUGCAGACCUCUGUCUUAUGUUAGUAGUCUAGUGUAGUCUAGAAAAAUGGAUCAAAUGGAACAAUAAUGUUAUCAUUGGAACAUAACAUUCUCAAACGUAGUUUAUAGAGCUCAACACUCAACUCUUACGGUACGAACGCAAACCCGAAAGCUAAUCUCGAGCACUUUCGUACCAUGUAUAGAGGGUAUAGAGGUAACACAUUUUUCUUAACUUCGAGUGAAAAUUUUAUGAAAUGAUAACAACAGAACAGAACGCUUGUUUCGUUAGUGCUUGUGGCACUCACACGCCGCAUACACUUCGUCUACGUCUAGCGGAAGGAUACAAAAACUGCUCUCAGAUUAGACAUUAAAACGAAACACACGCAUACAUGUAAAUAUCCACACACACACACACACACACACACACACACACACACACACACACACACACACACACACACACACAUGAAGUUUAGAACAUUGAAAGAACACGUUUUAGAACAAUCCACUGGAUCGUGGCAACAGUUGUGAGAUAAUUAAUUUAAUCAGGCUUAUAAAUAAGUUUGAACGGUUUUUUAAGGGAGUUCCAAACCUCAUAGUAAAUUAAUUUCCGUUGGACAGAUCUCCUUUUUUUGGGCAGAUUGGGUGGAUUGCUUUAUAAAAAAAAUGAAAUCCGGUUUGGAAGCAACCCAUGUUUCAAUCCAAGUUUUCAGUUCGUCGUAAUUCUGGAAGUGGGACCCAGCUGGUCCCACCAAAUGCACAGUAUUUCCUUGGCACCAGGAAUGUUCCGCUUCGAUGUCGAGGAAGAAGCGGUGGAGCUCACAGGUGACCAAACGGUGGUCUAUGCCAUGGGGCCUUAGCACGUGGGCACCGAGCUCACAGGGCACCCAAUGCCCUGUCUUGGCUGGCUGAGUAAGCAGCUAAACGUAUUUUCCAGCAGAGUCUGUUUUUAUGGGUUGGGUCUCCAGUUCUCAAUCUUCGCACCUUGCUGGCCGUCCGGAGCGUUCUUCGUCUAACAUUGCCAUACUGGCACGUUCUUUCCCAUAAAGCACGAUCGCCAUAAUAUUCCCUCACUAUAAUACGAUGUGUCUCGGUGGAUGAAGUUUUGAAAAUUUAGCAAACGACUCAUGUAUAAAAACCGUCAACACUUAUUUAUAAACUUGAUAGUAAGCCAUUUAAACAAUGAAGAGCUGUCAACGCAACACAGGUGUAGAGAUGGUUAAUGAUCAUCUCUUUCAGUUUCGGUUUCGGUGGCUUGGUCGGCCAGUUCUGGCUUCGUUCGGCUUAAUUAAUCCGUUUUGUUUUGUUUUUUUUUUUCUUGAUUCAUUGGGCUUGACAAUCAUCGAUUGUAAAAGUUCCAUCCGCUUACACAGUUGGAACAAAACGCUGAAGCCAAUGUUUACCAUAAACGAACGAGCGGUUUGUUUUCACUCUCAUCGGGAAAUAUCAAUGUUACGUCCAGCUAAACGUGUACCAUCCGCUCAAACGAGUAUACUCCUACAAAACGACAGCCCGUCCGGAUCCCCCUAGCUACACGCCACAAGUUGUUUGGUUUGAUGAAUGUGAUAUGAACAGGCUAGUAAUUCGCAUAUGAUAGACUUAUUGACUCACACACCGGUUAGCGGACACAGGUUUACACGUCCUGUGAAUAUGAAUUGUGUUUGUGUAGGUGGUCAAUUAUUUUGCGUUCACUUGUACCACAACACCACGACUAAGCAUUGAAGGCGCAGCAUGCACUACGAAUUGAUCCUCUAAAUAUUCAGUGUUCAAGAGGCUUCGGUUUUGUUGUUUUUGUGAGAGAUUAUAGAGUUAGUUUUCUUAUAAUAUCUUAGCUAUAUUUUCGUACCAAUUCAAAAUAAAAGGUCAACAGCAAAGCGUAACUCUGCUCAUCGAAAAUAGCGCAACUCAGUUCAGCAAGCACUGUACAGGUUGCAAACAAAUGAAACGUAAACAAAAACGCCAAAAAUGAAGCUUUACUACAUGUACAUUUCGAAAUUAGUAACCAAAAACCAAAAACCAAACAAAAAGCAAAUAAUAACAGGUCGGGUACGAUGGCAAUUGAUCAAAGCCCGACAAGCGUAAGCAAAGCAACCAAAUACACAAACACACUCACACACGAUCAUGGUAGUUAACUCUUUAAAUGAAGCAUAGCGCAGGCAGAUAAGCAGCCCUUUACACGUUAAGAACAUACUUCUUACUGCUAGAUACUUCAAAUUAAAUUCGCAACUCUACCGUAGUACGUACGAUUCGGGAAGGUGUCCUUUUUAAAAGCAACAAUUCACACAAUAAAAAUUAAAACGCUUCGGUAUUCGGUAUACAAUGCACUCCACUCCACUCGUAUGGACGACGGUCGGUCGAUGGAGCUUUGCGAGAUAAAUAACGCGAUUUGUAACAUUCUUCACGUAUUUCACGUCAUUUUAAAUUCAAACUACUCGGAGUAGCUGAGGAUUGAGGCCUAUUGAGGAAGGAAGAUAUGGACAGCAACACUGGAAAGAUUGUGAUAACCGUCGCAAUAACCUAAAGCAAGCAUACUGGAACCGCCAACGUCCAACAGAUGAAGCAAGCGAGAUCAAACAACCACAAAAGCAACAUAAAAUAAUAAUAAUAAUAUUAAUAAUAAUAAUAACAAUAAUGUAACGGCGAUGGCGAUUUUGUAGUUUGCAUAAGAAAUCCCCACAGUACCACGACACGAUCGACAGAAUAGCAGUAACAGCAACGGUGAGCAACGGGUUGUACGAAGCAAAUCGAACGGUGUGAGAACACACUUACAUUAACAAACAAGAGCUACUAUCACAAACAUUCUCACAAUCUUACUAGACGAACAAAGAAAACAAAAACGAAACAAAAAAAAAACAGUAUUUUGCCUUAAACUGCAAUUCGACAUGAAGUAUUAGCAAAACGAAAAACAAAAUGUCAAACAUCUUCACCAAACAAAGUAAUGUAAUAAAUCAAUUGUUUAACGGAUUUUAAAGCAAAUUAAAUUAGCGGGAUACGUUUCGUGCGCACCUUUGCACUGCACAUUGAGAAACAUCUUCGAUUAG